AUGUUUCCAAACGCAGCUCCCACUCGACCUACUCGAUCGCCUUUACCCGCUGCAUCCCUUGUCACCAAUUGGAAUGUUGUACUUUAUCGUAAAGCUGAAUCGAUUCAUCCAUCACAUUCGCAUGAUCCAUCGCAAACAGUCUCCGGAUCUUUCUACAUUCAAUUACAACAACAAGCGUGCUCAGCAUCGCCAAGUCGUUCCGAUGUUCUUUGUCUACGAUAUCAAUCCCAACAUCAAAAGAACACGAUCGAUUCCUACGCAUUACCAUUUACAAUAACUCAGUUGAGUGAUGUGAAUUUGUCACCCGAUUCAGUUCCACUUUCUUCAACAUUAUCGUCAGCUACAUCAUCGAAAUUUUACAAUGGUGAUCAACAAAAUGUUCGAAUCAAUGCAUCGUCGGAUAAUCCGUUUUCAUUAUUACUUCGUGCGAAAGCUUUCCUUGGAGUAUUGGUGCUCAAUAACUCCACCAACAGCACCACUGCUAAUACGGCUGGAAUUAUUCGUCCAUUCAUGAUAUUUGUAACUGAAGAUGUGUGUAUAGGACAACUAUUUGAUGCGUAUAUCUUUCGGAUUGUACAAGUUGCAACGAUUUCUAUUCGGGAUAAUCCAGAAGAUGAAGUUUAUGUUGCUGGAAUUAAAAAACUAUUUCAAGGACGUUGCUUUUAUUAUUCUACAGAUGUUAAACAUGAAUCAAAUACAAAUCGACGGUAUUUUAGUAAACCUUAUGAUAUUACUCUUUGUGCUCAACGUAUGGUUCAAGGACAUGAUUCCGAUAUUCGAUUCUUUUGGAAUCGUGGUCUGUGCUUACCAUUUUUAAAGUAUAAUAUCGAUAUUCGAUAUUGGAUACCGAAAGUAAUGUGUGGUGGAAUUGAAAAAUAUCGUAGUCAAAGCGAUGAAAUCGAUAUGUGGUUGAUAUCCAGACUAAGUUGCGAACGUGCCGGAACAAGAUUUAAUGUUCGCGGUGUGAAUGACGAUGGUGCCGUGGCAAAUUUUGUUGAAACAGAACAAAUUGUUCUUCUACAUCGACAAUUGAAUUAUUCAUCAUUUGUGAUUGUUCGAGGUUCGAUUCCAUUAUUUUGGCAUCAACCGCGUCUUCAAGUCGGUACUCAUCGAAUUACAAUCUCGCGUAGCGAAGCACUUAGUUUCAAAGCCUUUUUCGAGCAUUUCAAACAUCUCUAUCGUCAUUACGGUCGUGUAUUGAUUCUUAAUUUAGUCGAACAACGUGAUAAUGAAAAACGCGUUGGAGAAGAAUACCAGAAUCUAUUCCGUUUACUGGUCAAAACUUAUAAACAAGCUCAGCAAUCUCAUCGACCGUGUCUUGGUCAUUUAACCGAACGAGAUUUCAUUUGGUUCGAUUAUCACGAACAAUUUCGAACGAUAAAAAACUUAACACCGGAACAAUUCGUUCGGAAAAUGUUGAUUGAAAAUAAUCAGCUCGACAUUGAAAAUGCUCUAGAACAACAAAGUGUAUUUACUUAUAUGGAUCAUACGACAUUAAGUUUACAACAGGGAAUCUUUCGAAUCAAUUGCAUUGAUUGUCUCGAUCGAACGAAUAACGUGCAAUUGACCAUCGGGUUACGGAUUUUACCAAUGCAAUUGAGAAGUUUGAGAAAGCAAAUCAAUUUCAAUAGUAUUUUUGAGCAAUUGAAAGAUAUGUGGAUUAAUAAUGGAGAUCAUAUCAGUAGAAUUUACACGGGUACUGGCGCGCUUGGGCAAAGAAGUAUAGCGAAAGAUAUCCAACGUAGUGUUGGCCGAGCAAUUCAAAAUAAUUUACGUGAUGAUGAAAAGCAACAGUCCAUGCAAACGUUGAUCUAUACUUAUGCAAAAGAUUCUUACUUACAUGAACGUUCUGUCGCAGCACUCUCGACGCCUUAUGUUAUCUCUGAUGGUCUUAUCUUGAGUGAAAUGUUCAAAAUUCGUCAGAGUUAUGUACGAAAAGAAGAAAUUCGAAUAGCCGUUGGCACGUGGAAUAUCAACGGAGAUAAAAAUCGCGAAUUAGAUCACGAAUAUCCGUCGAUAUUGGAUGCUUGGAUUUUGGAUGGGCCGGAAAAUAUGUCGACGAAUUUGAGAAAAGCAAAUGCGAUUGAAACCAAGGGUUAUGUAGUAAACGAUUAUAAGAAAGCUAAACCGAGUAUAUUGGCAAUUGGAUUUCAAGAAAUUUGCGAUUUAACAGCGACAAAUAUGGUUUGGCAAAGUUCGGUAAAUGCAACCCGUUGGGUAGAUAAUGUUCAAAAUUAUUUCAAAAAAGCUUAUCCCAACGAUGAAUAUAUUCUUCUGGGUAACGAUCAAUUAGUCGGUGUGUGUUUAGUCAUAUUUAUUCGUCGAGAUCUUGCGCCAUUUGUCAAAAACAUUGCUGUUGACUCAGUGAAGACUGGAAUGGGUGGUAAACUAGGCAAUAAAGGUUGUGUGGCUAUACGCUUGGUUCUGCAUAACACAUCGAUCUGCUUUAUCUGUGCUCAUUUUACUGCUGGACAAAAUGAAUACAACGAACGCAAUAAAGAUUAUCGAUCAAUGAUGGAAAAGCUGUCAUUUCCACCGCCAUCACGAGCUCUCUGGCAUGAUCAUAUAUUCUUUCUUGGUGAUUUUAAUUAUCGUUUGUCAAUCUCACGUAAUCAAGUUGAAUAUCUCGUCCGAAAUGAAUCCUAUGCACAAUUACUUGAAUAUGAUCAACUAAAAAAAGAACAUUCCGAAAAUCGAGUGUUUCAAGAAUUUCGUGAAGGACCAAUCCAUUUCCCUCCGACAUACAAAUACGAUAUCGAUUCCGAUAAUUACGAUACGAGCGAAAAGGCACGAACACCUUCGUAUACAGAUCGUAUUCUUUGGCGUAGUACUUCUUCUGAUGUUCAAUGUAAACAGUUGUAUUACGGUCGUGCCGAAGUGAAAACAUCCGAUCAUCGGCCUGUUAGUUCAGUGUUCGAUGCAGAAAUAGAGAUAUGUGAUGAAGCAAAAAUGCAUCAGGAAUAUGUGAAUAUUUAUCGACGAUUAGCACCAUCAAAUGCAGUGAUAAUCUAUGAUAUGCGUGCGGAUCUGGGUCAAAGAAAGAAUUUUUUAAUCGAAGAAUUCGAUUCGUAUGUGAAGAGAAAAUACGGAUCACAUAUUCCGAUUAUCGAUCGAUUUUUUGUUUCGAAUCCACGAUGUCUUUCACUACAUAUGUUUUUCGAAAGUGGAGACCAUGCUCGAAGAGCGAUGGAACCGCGUGAAGAUCAACUUCCAAGUGGAGUUUAUUUUAGUAAACGUUUAGUCAAUUUAAAUGAAGAUUUUGCCUUGGCACAAAAAUUAAAUCUCCUCUUUGCUGAUGCCGAUGAAACAAUGUAUGCUGAAUCAAUUGCUUAUGAUCUUGGUGUUUAUCAACAACCGGCUCGUGAAGCACUGUCGACCGUUCAAGACGUGACUGUUGCUGGUGUUGCGCGUAGUCUAUCCGAUUUUCUAAUAUUUCAAACGAUGGAGGAUACAUGCGAUGAAUCAAAAUUAACGUUUUCUGAGCAAUGGAAUAUGCCGAAGCUUUCGAACGAGGAUUCUUUGAGCCACUCAUCAGCAGAGUUCAUUGGAAUAGAAGAAGAUAUGCAAGAUUUCGAAAUAAUGAAAGAUGUUGAACACACAUAUGAGCAAAAUCGUCGUAGUUUUGGGAAAGUCAUUAUUUCGGAUUCGGACGAAGCAGAAUGCGAAUCUUUGGAAAGCUUAGAUGACGCUAAUACAACACCGGAUACCAAAAGACAUGGCUUAGGACCAGUAAAACUUUACUUCAAAGAGCAAUUGGGUACCCGACCGCUGUAUUAUUAUAGACAAAUGAAACGAUCGCGUAUGAAAAAACACGGCUGUCCGAUAAACUAUGGAAGUAUUCAUACGAAAGAGAUAAAGUUCUCUUUGAAAUCGGAGAAAACACAGCGAAAACACGAGGAAAAUGGGGCGACCAAUCUUCUUAAUAUGAUGGAAGAUUUACCAAAAUCAAUGGCAUUUGUUUCGUUGGAUGCUCAACACCCCGUUGUAUCGAAUUUGAACGAACAGAAACAAAAGAAAUCACGAAUAGAUAAAAUGAAAGCUAAAGUGAAACAUUCAUUAAAACCACCAAAAAAGGACGGAAAUACAUUGCCUGUCAACAAAGGACAUGUAGUCACCACUAACUUUGAAGCGAUUGUAAAUGAAGAAUCCGUACCGUCUAGCGGACAAGAGAUCGAAACAUAUCAACAAGAAGAAAAAGUGAACGAAUUGAUUUCAUUUGAUUCGGAUCAUUCAAAAUCGAACAAUAAGAAUCUACUCGAACCAGCAGACAAUAUGUUAUUCAAUGAAAAUGCCUUUGAUCCAUUCCAUUUUGGAUCUAAAUCUGUCUCGAAUACUUCCAAAACAAAUGGAGAUGACCUUCUAUCGUUUGAUCAUCACCCACCUGCAGCUAAAUCGACUUUUUAUAUCGAUCCGUUUGAAAUUAUUUCGAAACCAAUACCACCCUCUCCUCAAAUACACCCAAUGACUUUAGCAAAUAACAAAACUCCUUCGAAUCAAAGUAGUUUUUAUUAUCAACCACCACCUCAAUUUAUUCCAAGUCGACCAGCUCCACCGGUUCCUCGGCCACUCGCUCCUCCUCCUCCUCCUCCUACGUCUGUUCAACGUCCAUUAACCCUAGAUAAUCUUAGUCUAAACCCCAAUCAUUUCACUAAUAAUAUUCCAUCAAAUGAUUUACUUGAUCUGGGCGAUCCCGGCUCACCACCACCGAGUCCAAAAUUUGAUCCAUAUGGUUAA